AAAAUUGAAUGGACAACCAGAAGAAGCUAAAUUUUACUUGUUUCUCCUAAUUUUCUUUCUUCUUUCAACAAUCAAUAAAGAAAACAGUUUUAUUGCUAUCACCAACAUUAAAAAUAGAAGCUUUCAAAUAAAAAAUAGCUAGAAUAAAAUUCUCCACUUUCAUUCUAAAAUUGUAGCACACAAAGAAGGCAUAAUUGUUGAUUCAGUUCGAGGCGUUUGCGACGGUGGUUCGAAGCAUGAGGGCACCAAUUUAACCACCAUAAUUGGGUUAUUAUCAAGGGAGAAAGAAAAGCACAAACAAUUUUUUUCAAAAAAAAAAAAAUUGUUAUAAAAAAGUGUGAUAAUUUUCCAAGAAAAACAAGAAUAAGAAACAACUACGUUUGCAUGUUCUUGCUCCCUUGAAAAAUAAAAAUGGCAGAAAGUACAAAUGCAACAAAUUCAAAUUCAUUGGAGUCUAGCCCCAUAGUAUGCUAUGCACCAACAAUGAUAACAACAAAUGGGGUGUGGCAAGGAGAUAAUCCCUUAGAUUAUUCCUUACCACUCUUCAUUUUGCAAUUAACGAUGGUGGUCGUUACUACUCGUGUUCUUGUUUUCGUCCUCAAGCCACUUCGCCAACCCCGAGUCAUCGCUGAAAUCCUUGGAGGUGUUAUACUUGGACCGUCACUCUUGGGGAGAUUUGAACGCUUUGCCAACACCAUAUUUCCUCUAAGAAGUGUGAUGGUUUUAGAAACUAUGGCGAACAUUGGCCUCUUGUAUUUCCUAUUUCUGGUUGGGGUUGAGAUGGAUUUAGCAGUUAUCAAACGUACAGGGAGGAAGGCGAUCAGCAUCGCAAUUGGGGGCAUGAUCUUACCCUUUGUCAUUGGAUGCACCUUCUCCCUCUUAAUGCAACACAAAGAUGACGGCACCCACCACGGAACUUUUGUGCUCUUCCUAGGUGUUGCUCUCGCUGUCACUGCCUUCCCUGUGCUAGCUCGAGUUCUUGCCGAGCUCAAGCUCAUCAAUACAGAGUUAGGGCGGAUUGCCAUGUCAUCAGCACUAGUCAAUGACAUCUGUGCUUGGGUGCUCUUAGCCUUGGCCAUCGCGCUAGCUGAGACCAACUCAACCAGUCUCACUUCCCUCUGGGUGAUUCUAUCGAGCACUGCCUUUGUGAUCGUGUGCAUCUUCUUGGUUAGACCCACCAUCAUGUGGAUGAUCCGCCGCACACCUGAGGGUGAACCGUUCAGUGAUUUUUACAUAUGCCUUAUCCUGACAGGGGUUAUGAUCUCAGGGUUCAUCACUGAUGCUAUAGGAACACAUUCUGUAUUUGGGGCCUUUGUCUUCGGCCUUAUCAUCCCAAAUGGACCUUUGGGAGUAACCCUCAUAGAAAAGCUCGAAGAUUUUGUAUCAGGCCUUCUACUUCCUCUGUUUUUUGCAAUCAGUGGUCUUAAGACUGACAUUGGUCAAGUUGGCGGCCUCAAAGUCUGGGGCAAUCUCAUGGCUGUCAUUGUACUGGCUUGUUCUGGCAAGGUUGCUGGCACUGCUGCUGUCGCCUACUACUACAACAUGCCAAUCCGUGAAGGAAUCACCCUUGGUUUGCUCAUGAACACCAAGGGUCUAGUUGAAAUGAUUGUCCUAAAUGUGGGCAAGGACCAAAAGGUAUUAGACGAUGCAUCAUUUUCAAUCAUGGUGAUAUCUGCAUUGAUAAUGACUGGUGUGAUUGCUCCCCUGGUCACGGCAAUUUACCGGCCAGCAAGAAGAUCUGUGGCAUAUAAGAGAAGAACCAUACAGAAAUCAAAACCAGAUGCAGAACUGAAAGUAUUGACUUGCAUCCACACCCCAAGGAAUGUCCCGACUAUAAUAAAUCUCCUGGAAGCCAGCAACCCGUCAAGAAAAUCUCCAAUAUGUGUUUAUGUGCUACAUCUAGUAGAGUUGACAGGACGAGCAUCAGCAAUGCUCAUAGUCCACAACACCAGAAAGUCAGGUCGGCCUGCUCUCAACAGAACACAAGCUCAGUCAGACCAUAUCAUCAAUGCCUUUGAAAAUUACGAGCAGCAUGCUCAAGCUGGAUCAGUCUCAGUCCAGCCCCUGACAGCCAUUUCCCCUUAUAACUCAAUGCAUGAAGAUAUUUGUCACUUAGCACAGGAAAAGCGAGUGGCAUUUAUCAUCAUCCCCUUCCAUAAGCAACAAACAGUGGAUGGGGGCAUGGAAUCAACAAAUCCAGCCUUCCGAAUGAUAAAUCAGAAUCUAUUAGCCAAUGCCCCUUGCUCAGUUGGAAUCCUUGUCGAUAGAGGGCUAAGUGGGUCAACCCGUUUGGCUGCAAACCAGGUGUCACACAACAUAGCAGUGCUCUUCUUUGGUGGGCCUGAUGAUAGGGAGGCACUUGCAUAUGCAUUGAGAAUGUCAGAACACCCAAGCAUCACAGUAACUGUAAUGCGGUUCAUACCAGGUGACGAUGCUUCUAGAACAACAUCUGUGGAGCCAAGUCGUGAGCCUGGGGAUCCUAGAGUGCUAACUGUGAUAACUGAUGCUGAACAAGAGAAACAAAUGGAUGAAGAGUUCAUCAACGACUUCAAAACGAAGACCGCCAACAGCGACUCAAUCACAUACAUGGAGAGGGUUGUAGAUAAUGGGGAGGAAACAGUGGCUUCCAUAAGAGCAAUUGAAAGUGUUCACGAUCUUUACAUAGUGGGAAGAGGACAAGGCAUGAUAUCACCACUAACAGCAGGUCUAACAGACUGGAGUGAGUGCCCUGAACUUGGAGCAAUAGGUGACAUGUUGGCAUCAUCAGAUUUUGCAGCAACAAGUUCUGUUCUAGUGGUGCAACAAUAUGUUGGUUUAGGGCCACAACAUGAAUCUCCACCAACUCCUGAUAGCCCUACUGCUCAAGCUGAUCUUGAUGAGCAAUUAAAUGCAGGAGUGCAUCAGACGAACCAAAGACAACCACCAGCAAAGGGUCAGAAUGCCUUCAAUCUCUAAAAAUUAGCCGUAACCUAGUGAUACCAAACAAUGCUGACGCUGCAUUAUCAUCUGAUAAGAAGUAAUGAGAACAAUUUAUUGCGGCAUUUUCUAGCAGAAAUAGGAACCCCCCCCCCCCCGAACCCAUAUGCAACCUUUAUUCUUCUUUUUUUUUUAAAAAAGUUAGUUUUCAUGAUUUCAUCUCCUGUUUACACCUCCCUAUUUAUUCAAAUCAUCUUCGCCAAAUACUGACGCUCUAACUACCCCUACACCUAUAUGGCUAUACCACUAAAUCUAUAUUCAAGUUGUGUAUAUAACUAAUUAUUAAAAGAGCCCACUUGUAUAGUCACUUAGUAAUCACUUGGGAGGGGGGUUUGGACUUUUAAGUAUAAUUUUUAUAUUUAUCAUAUAUGGGCCAAUGGUUGUUUCAUAGUACUUGCAUUAAGUACCAUAUCAUCUGAACCUGGCACCCGACCCCCCUGAUUGAAACUUAAUAUCUCAGAAUAUAGAUGAUGCAUUUUCCAUCCACAGAAGCCUCACAUGAUAUCCAUACAUCUGAAGUGACAAUUAUGCAGAUAACAAUCUAUUUCUGUUUGUUCCACCAUCCUCUCCUUCACCAGGGCUUAACUUUACCAUUCAUCCUAGUUCCUUUAAUAAGUGUAUCAUAUAUAAAGCAAGAAAGCCAUUCUACAAAAGACAAAUUAAUAUACCAUGAAUGCUGAGGCUGCUGUUUGAUUUAUGUUUUUUAGAGGUUAAACAAAUAACAGAUCAGUAGGCGGACAUGAAUUAAAAGCAAAUCACAAACUCACUCCAAACAAUUGUGAUUGAAUUGUCACCUCAAAAAUAUAAUGUCACCUCAAAUGAGUAAUUACACCAGUGAUAAAUGACAGGUUGGAUUUGUGCCUUAUUGUAAAUUUGUAGCAACUUGGAUAAGCGUGGAAUUAUUAAAUAGAAUUCGUUGUACUUCUUUUAUGUCACAUUAAUAUCUUGAUAUGGCUUCUUUGAAUUUCCAAUAACAAUUAUCUCAAAAGGCCAUUUACCUACUACCCCGGUUUUCCUGGUCUACUCACUGUAGCAACAGAAACUAAGGAGAGCUCAAAAGGGGGACAACUCUUGUGGCUACUUUUGCUUUUUAGAGAGAGAUUUGUUAAAGAUAAUUGGUCACAAAAAAAGUGGGAUGGGAGAUGAUAUAAAAUGAAUAAAAGGUUGACGUAAAGGGAUUAGAGUAAAAGUGAGUAGAACUUAGGAAAACGGAGGGAGUAUAUGCUUUUGUGCAAUGUAUUUUCUUAAAACAUACUACCUCCGUUUUUUAUUAGUUGACACGUUUUGACUUUAGCACUAUUCACACACUUCCCUUUGACCAGGG